AUGUGGUUAACUAUUGAGAAGAUAGGCAAAAAAAAUGAAAUCACAUACAACAGCCGGUGUUCGCCAGUGGUCACCCACCUGACUACUAAUCUGCCUCUCAUUGGCUUGACUCUGGGAGAGCAGACGGGAUCCCGUAUUUUCCAAUGGAUAUGGUCGUAUGUGCUCUGUCUCACACCUAUUCAGCACUAUAACCACUUCUCCACAACAGCAGAGGGGAGCAAGAGGGCAAAAAAGAAAAGACAUACAACAGCCGGUGUUCGCUGGUGGUCACCCACCCAACUACUAAUCUGCCGGUUAGUGGCUUAUCUAUGGGGGAGCGGACGGGACCCCGAGUUUUCCACUACCUAUGGUCGUAUGUGCUUAAAGUUUGACUGCUAA